CGGGGCUCGAGCAUCAACACAAUUGUGUUGUGUGUGGUUCGUUGCAGGCGGUACGGGAAAUAGCGCUCCUGCAAGAAGCUUCUCUUCUCAAGUAAACCGUCUUCGUCGGUCGUUCUUUGUGAAUUGUGUGAAUUGUAUGGUCAAAGGCAAGUGGGCGGGACGGGUAGCUCGAGGCGGCAGUGUUUAACGCAGGCAUCGAGAUAGGAAGAAAAAGAAAAGUGAAAACGUAAAGCAGAACAACAGCCGAGGUGUUAAUCGAAGUGAAGACCGGGGCAAUAAUCCGGCACCGUCGUGAUCCAGCAUAAAACGGGUGUACGACUCCCGGAAGGGUGAUACACCGCCCGGAACGUAAUACCCCGGCCAAAAAGGGGGAAGAGUGAAGCGCAAAGGAAAAGAGAAAAAUCAACCUACCGAAGGAAACAACCCCGAAAGUCUAAAGCAGAAUUGGAGGAAAAAUCAAACAAAAUGGGUAAAAGCAAAAUCCAGUGCAGCAAGUGUCAGAAAAAGUGUUCCGGUGAGGUGUUGCGCGUUUCGGAUCGUUACUUCCACAAGACAUGCUUCCAGUGCACCAAGUGUCACAAGUCGCUCGCCACCGGUGGGUUCUUCUCGAAGGAUGGUUCCUACUAUUGCACACUGGACUAUCAGAAGCUGUACGGGACAAAGUGUGCCGCCUGCGGCCAGUACGUCGAGGGCGAAGUUGUAUCGACGAUGGGCAACACAUAUCAUCAGAAGUGCUUCACCUGCAGCAAAUGCAAACAACCGUUCAAAUCUGGCAGCAAGGUUACCAACACCGGUAAGGAGGUGUUGUGCGAGUGCUGCGUCAAAUGUCCACCCAGUAGCGGUGUGGGCGGCGGUGGAGGAGCACCAGUUGGAUCGCCGACGAUCGCCGGCAGUGGUGCAGCAAGCGGUGGUGCUUCGACCACCGUAUCGCCCAAGAAUCGUGCAAUCGAGCAAAAGCAGGAGCAGCGUACGAUCAAGGAGAUCACUUCGAGCCCAACUAAAGCGGCCACACUGCAGCACCAUCAGGAGACGGUGAAGAAGCAGCAGCAGUUGCUGCAGAACGGUGGCAAACAGCCGGAUCCGAACGAUUGUGCCGGUUGUCAGCAGCAGCUGAAGGAGGGUCAGGCUCUGAUUGCUCUCGACCGCCAAUGGCACAUUUGGUGCUUCAAAUGUAAUGCCUGCGGUACGACACUGAACGGCGAGUAUAUGGGUAAGGACGGUGUGCCGUACUGUGAGAAAGACUUCCAGAAGUCGUUCGGCGUGAAGUGUGCCCACUGCAAUCGGUACAUUAGUGGCAAGGUGUUGCAGGCCGGUGAUAACCAUCACUUCCAUCCCACGUGCGCUCGGUGCACGAAGUGUGGCGAUCCAUUCGGUGAUGGGGAGGAGAUGUAUCUGCAGGGUGGUGCCAUCUGGCAUCCGCGGUGCGGCCCAGGACCAUCGUCCGAGGCCGCCAUUUUGAAUGGGGUCGAUACGAAUGGCUUUAACACGGAGACGGAGUUUGAUCGCACCAGUACAAGCGGUAUGAGUGAAAUUCAGUUCACGUAUCGUUCACAAACUCCGAGUGUUAAUGGUUCAGUUUAUAGUCCCUACACGCAUAGAAAGUAUCAUCGUACCACAAGCCCGGGCCUAAUAUUAAGAGAAUACAAAAAUCAAGGCUAUGAGGAUAUUGCCCGUAUCUACACCUACAGCUACCUAACCGAGGAGCCGGGCUAUCUGCGGCGCCCGAUCGAACCGUACGAUAGGGCCCCGGUAUCGCCCCACUUUCAUCGUCCCGUGCACUACCACACAGCGAUGAGUGUUGGUGGUGGUGGUGGUACGGCCAGCAGUGUCGGUAUGCGGUCCACGUCCGGCUCUCGUUCGCACUCGCGCAGCCGCAGCGCGAUGAAGGUGCUGGUAGACAGUAUCCGGUCGGAAACGCCGCGCCCGAAGAGUCCGGGCAUGAACAACGAGGAACCGAUCGAGCUGAGCCACUAUCCCGCGGCCAAGAAGCCACCGCCGGGCGAGAAACCAAAGAUCGAACGGGACGAUUUCCCGGCCCCGCCUUACCCGUACACGGAUCCGGAGCGUCGUCGCCGCUAUUCCGACUCGUACAAGGGUGUACCUGAAUCAGACGACGAAGUCGACCAUGCGAAUAAUAAGGAAAACGUUACGGAAAAACAUCACACGAAGGAAGAAGAGGAGCUACGCAAGCUGAAAUCAUCUGGCAUGGGCACGGUUAUACUGAAGGACCUGCAGGAGAAGAAACGCUACGAGCACUGGAAGCAGGAAAAUCUGGACCCACGCAACGCGUCCCGCACACCAUCCGCUGCGAAGGAACCGAUGAACCGGAUGCGCUACGAAUCGCCGGUCGGUGCGUCACCUUCGCGCAACCUCGACCAUCAGAAACCGUUCUACGAGGACGAGUUCGAUCGGUCCACCAGCUACCGUGGAUCGGUCGGUCGUGCCAUUGGAAACGCGACCAGUUACAACGUGGUGAGUUCCUUACGACAAGUACCUAAACCGGGUUACGGCUUGGCCCCUCGUUCGCAUACCUUCAGUUCCGCUACGUCCGGUUCUGCUCACGGUGUUCCUGAUUUCUCAUUCAGCGGACUCGGAGAUAAGACCCACAGUACGGAGUUUAGCUGCGGCAAAAGCGACAUUUCCGGCGAUUCCAUAACGGAGGGCGAUCGUCGUGCGCUCGGUGCCGAAAUUCCUGCCUCCAGCACGUACUCCGGUGCCCUUUCCUACCAUUACCCGCAGCAACCGACACGUCGCAGCUUGCCCAACAUGGCCCACUCGAUGCUGGUGCACGAGCCGGCCAAAAUUUAUCCCUACCAUCUGCUACUAAUCACCAACUACCGAUUGCCGUCGGACGUUGAUAGAUGUAAUCUAGAGCGUCACCUAUCGGAUGUGGAGUUUGAAGCGAUCCUACAAUGUACGCGGCCCGAGUUUUACCGUAUGCCCCAGUGGAAGCGCAAUGACAUGAAACGACGUGCGCGUCUGUUUUAAAGCGCAUUGCCACCAGCCGACGCAAACGCAUUCAAAAAAACGCACCCCAAAAUGCUAAAACGACUUUUCUGAUUAUCUUCCUUGCCGGGCAAAACGGAAGAGACUCCAGAAACACCAAGCAAUCUGGUGUGCUAAUGGCGCUAUAUUUUGUAUCACCAGCAACCUGGUCUCUAGUAGUGUUACUUUGUUUUGUUUUGUUUGUUUGUUUUAUUUUUCCGUUUCCAUCGUUUAAUGUGGACUCUGGUGCACUUGCAAGGGACGCUGUCGCGUUCAUACUAUCGUAACUAUUAUGAUUAAUAUUAUUAUCCUUAUUGACCAUGUAACAAAGCGUUACAGUGCGUUACGUCGCGCGUAGGUAUCUUCUGCUUCUUCUUCUUGCUGGCUGGCGCCGUGUAUUACCUUGCGAAAUUUAAUGCGACCCUUUAAAUUUAGCUUGACGAUUGAGACGACUGGUAAACGUUAGAUUUUCGUGUGUUUUUGUUAUUUAUAAUUUAAAUUGGUUGAAUCAAAACAGCAAACAAACACAUAUUAAUCCACGAUCUUGAGUGAAUUUCCCAACUUUGCCAACCGAUAGGGGCAAUCAAUGAUGAUCAUUCGCUUCGCAGCUUCAAAUUGGCCUAUAGAUCGUCGUAACAGAAAAAAAACGAAAUAAAACAUGUGUGUGUGUGUGUGUGUUUGUUUGUGGCGUACGUGGUGCACGGUGCAACUGUGGCUGGAUUCUAAUGCAUUUAUGUUAGGCUAGCAUCGGUAUGGAACCAAUCAACAUUAUUACAUCCCGAUAACGAGCAAAAACACUCACACACACAACAAAAGCGAACCCGACGAUACAAACACACACACGCGAACUUUCUAGAUAUGGAUUGAGCAAACAACCCAGAUUUAAAACUGAAAAUUCAGAGCUAGCCUUAAUUGCAACUAGUUGUAGAUUUUACAAAUAGUGGACACGUGGACUAUUAUGUGGGUACAACUAUAGACAGCAAACGAGAGAGAGCGAGAGAGAUAGAGAGUGUAGGUGAGGGAGAAAAAAGGCAAACGGAAAUAGGAAAGCGCUCGUUAUAAAGCUAGAGAGAUAUUUAUGAGUUUUAUUUAUACGAACGAUUAUAAAAUAGAGCAUAACAAAAUCACACUCUUAGGCAGGAAGAUAAUGAAACGAAAGCAAACGGACACACACACACGCGCAUGCUAGAGCGCAACGUCGUUUAAAUUAAUGCUGAAAACAAAAGGAUAUGUGAAAAAGAGAAUGGAUUGUGUGUGUGUGUGUGUGAGUAUGUGCAAUUGACGCGAUAUCCUUCACGAUUGAGUUUGCCGAAACGAAACAGCAAACAGCAGCACUGCCCACGUUUUGCUUCCGGUUUGCUUUGCGCUGCUACAUGCGUAAGUCGCCGCGCGUCAUCGUUGGAUGCUUUCGUGCGCGAGUGUUUCAGAUAAAAGUAAGGGAAAUCGGUUCUUGUGGCAAGACACUAGUCGCUUCGGCAGCAUAGCGCAUAAACCGCAUCGCAUUCAAAGCAGCAGAACGUUGAAGAAGAAAUGUGUACCUUUCGUCAUGAUAUUGAAGGCUCCUUAAGGGUCACGUGAACCUUAAGCAAACUCAGAAAAAACAGAUGAAGAAAUAUUUUUUUGCAAUCGUAUCGCGCGCGCAUCACGGCAUACAAAUGAGCAAACAAAAGUGCAGAAACCAGAAGCCCGAAGAAAAAAAAAGAAGCCGUACAACCGUAAAGCAUCACACUCUUGAUACAAUGCUCUGCACCAAAGCGAGGAAGCAAUGCGUUGACAAAAACAAAAAUCAAAUCCGCUAGCAUUCUGCAAUAAAUAUAUAUAAAUAUAUAGUACGCCCUUAAA